ACCGCGUGCCUGUGAAAACGUGCAACUGCACAACAAACUAUGCUUUUUUGCGUGUGACUGUGUUUGGUCACCGCGCCACGUUUCAAUCAGCCGGGCAAUUAAACCCUUAACAAAAGCAAGCAGGGACCCACCGCAGACCAGCAAGUAGUUUUGAGGCAGCAGUCUUUUUGUCAAGGGGUUUGACUGUAGGCAUAAGAGUGACAGGGUAUAUGAAAAAUUGCAACCAACCGCUAUUAAGGUGCUAUAAUAACGCAGUGUGUUAUCGUCGACCCGAUGUCACAUUGAGCGCUGGCACUCUUCGUAGCUGAUAGCUUGUAACAUUGUUGACUUCAGCCAUUCGGACCACCGGAGUCUCGAGCAAAGACAUCCCUAAGUCAAAAUAAAUGUGUUGCUAAAGUCAACUGAGAGACGAACACGGCACCGUGUCGACCUUUAGGGUUACGCACGGGCUGAUAGGAGCUCCACGCCCCGCCAUGGAUUCGCCUAUCGUCGGUGGACAGUUGCCGCACUCACUCGGACCUCUCGGACUGUACGCCUUCGGCUCACCGGGGCUCGGAUUCCCCAGCUCUCGCGCCUUCGACUUCGGGCUGCCGGUGUCGUCAGCCUCCACCGGGGCCUUCUCGCCGGACGGCUUCCUGGCGAAAGGCUCACAGCUGAGCGAUGUGUCGUCUUGCGGGUCCAGCGUGUCCAAGGCCAAAGCCAGCCCCGGUGGGGAAUCAAUGCUGGACGGAGAGGGGAAAGACAGUAACGGGUCCAAGAGACGCCGCAGCCGGACCAACUUUAACGGCUGGCAACUGGAGGAGCUGGAGAGGGCCUUCAAUGAGAGUCACUAUCCGGACAUCUUCACGCGUGAGGCACUGGCGAUGAGGCUGGACCUCGUGGAGUCCAGAGUACAGGUGUGGUUCCAAAACCGGAGGGCGAAAUGGCGCAAGAAGGAGAACACCAAGAAAGGUCCAGGAAGGCCGGCUCACAACGCGCAGCUCGUAACCUGCAGCGGCGACCCGAUCCCCCCUGAGGAAAUAGAACGGCGAGAGAGACUUCGCUUGGAAAAGAAGAAGCAGAAGCAACGGGAGAAAGCCGAGAAGAAUCUGGCCAAAGCCAAGAAGCAAGGAGGAGCCGCGGAGGCAACAGGCAAGAAGGAUGCCAUCGCAGCGGAGGGGGGCUCGGAUGACACCGAGAGAGGGGACGAAGAUCCUGAGGACAGAGACUCAAAGUGUUCGCUGCCACUGCUGUCUCCGGGGACGAACAGCACGCAGGAGACCACGACCGACGUGUUUCUCCCCGAGAAGAAAUUGAAAACCCCGGGUGGCAAGCUGCCCAAAGGUGACAAGACGCGACGGGAAGGCAAGCAGAGGAGCAAGCUACCGCACCACUGCGGGGUUGACUCGGCCAACUCGGCCUUCCGCAGCUCUUUCAGCAUCGAGUGCCUGCUCUCGCCGCGGCCCAGUGACGUCGGCGGCCGCGGCUUCGGACUCUUGGCCGGCCACUACGCCGCGGCGGCCAGCCUGGCUGCCUCGCCGUACGCUGCCGCCUUCUCCCCUUUCACCUGGAACUCCUUGUCGGCGGCACUAGCCGCGGGGGUGCCUCAACCCCUCGGGUACCUGGUGGAAAGACUCCUUCCCUCUAAACCCCACAACCUACCCAUCAUGGCACACCCCCGCCCCCUGACCGACGUCUUUGAAGAGCAGAAAACGCUCAGUGUGGAGAGACUCCGGAAGAAAGCAGAGGAGCACAUGAGCAAAGUGGCUGUGCAGAAAGAGAGCAGCAGCGACACAGAGUCAACCAAGAUGGAGUUGUCAUGACAGUCAGGAUAAUUUGUAAUCCAAGACACUUGAAAUGUUUAAAACGCGUCGGAACAAUACUGGUAGACCAUAGAUGGAGAUAAGCAGGUUGCUAUAUCCUUCGAGACCUUUUCAAUGCCACCAUUGCCCCACCAGUGUUUCUUAUCUUAUACAGUUGCUUUUUCAACUGUUUAAGAAUUUCUUUCAAGACCACUGCUCGUAAACCAUGCCACUGUAAUCUACCCGUGAGUAUCAUCUACAUUGAUACAUAGCAGUUUGAAGCAAACUUCACAGUGCUUGCAAAUGAAGUGGGAACAUCCACGAAAGGAGAAUUGUUCAAAUUGUUUGUAUUACUUCGGUGUGAUCAACUGCCAGCGAAAUCCAUAACACGCUAGCCUACAGAGCAUACUUUUGCAUGGGCCAAAACUAUCUACAUACUGCGGAAGUUUGUGAACUUUUACAGAUUUCAAACAGGUUGGGUUAACUUAAAGCUUUGUUCUUGAACCAGGAAACGCGUUCAACCGUUGGUUGUAAUCGAAUCGGACUUGCAGUACGUGCCUCUGAACGCGUCUGGAUAUAGGUCCCACAAAUUAUUCAAUGCGCUUACAACUUGCGAGGCCUUUCACUCAGGACUGUAUGAAAAAUCUUUGUAUAUAAUCACAGAUUAUGAACUUUCUCUUUCUUUUUUUUCUCGUUCGCCUGUUUUGACGACUGGACCAUGGAUUGCAUGAUAUUUUGCAUAAAUCUGAAGAUUCUAAAAUUUUGGUUAUUGUAUAGUUGGUCGAAAUUUGUUGACCUGUGAUACGAAAUUAGACGUGCUCUGAUUGGCCACAGACAUGCUCGAUGCAUCGCAGAAAUCCGAUAUUCUGUUGCAUAAGCAAAGCAAUUUGUGUGAUGUUGACAGGCGCUUUUAUCGCCGACUUUGACGCCAACAUGGGAGUUUGCUAAUUUACAGGAUUUGAAAUUAUUAUAAUUUGUUAGGUUAAAAAUUAUGACAUGAUGACAUUUUUUGUCAUACAGAGAUGACCUUUGGUCCUUAUGACUAAAAAUCUUGCAGAACAAAAAUACUGAGUAUACUUUUGAUUGAUCCCUGUCGAUUCGAGACAGCUUUUCCACUCUAAUUGUACAAAACUGCUGCUAAACGUUUAGCUUUGCUGGCGAUUCCCUUCCCUUCCCCUUGUAUAUUCCUCAAAAUGGCCAAACAACCACUUUAUUCCACUCAGCCAGUAAUUUUGUACCCACCUGUCGUCCAAAGGGUACGACUAUACAUAUAUUCGUGA